AAAUAGAAAUUACAGAUGCUCACUGAGAAGGAGGAGGAGGAGCAGGAAGAGGAGGAGGAGGAGCAGGAGGACAGCGAGUCUUUGUGGACCUCUGGACAAAGAGACACUCAGUCCGCCUCCCAGCCGGAUCACGCCAGACCAGAACCAGACCAGACCCGGUGGUGCAGGGUGGCCAUGGAGCGCCUCGCCUUUCUCCUCCUGCUCUGUGGGCUCCUUCAGCAGGGUUCUGGACUUCGCUGCUUUAAGUGUUCUGACUACACGGGCCGCUGUGAGAACGUCCAGGAGUGCACCUAUGAAGACUCCUGCAUCUCUCUGAGUGAGAGAGGUGGGAAGACCAUCCGCCAGUGUAUCCGCUACACGGACUGUGACAACUCGCGCCUCUCCCAGAUGUUCCCAGCGGUGUCGGGCUUCACGUACCGCUGCUGCAGCAGCAACCUGUGCAACGCCGCCUCGCCGCCGCCUGCCCGGCUCCUGGGUCCGGGUCUGGGUCUGGGUCUGGGUCUCACCCUGCUGAGCCUCUGCUGCUCCUUGGUUUGAUCCAAGUUCUUCCACCGAGUAGUUUGACUUUAACACCAACUAAAACAAGUGUUCUUUUGCUUCUCAGGUCAAUAAAAGAUGACGUUUUCUUUUUCUACCUUUUUUUAACAAUAAAUACCAUAAAACACGA